GUGUGUUAGGUGCUUUUGACACGCGUGUUCGAGGGUAAGUGUGUAUUAAUGCACAGUCAUGACAAGGUGACUGAAAAUCAGUGCGUUGAGUGUUACUUUUUAUUGACCGAACCUAAUUCGUCCAGGGUUGAACAAGUUGACUCUCGCAGUAUAAAAUCUGCUAAGACAUUCGAGUACCAGUCAUAUUAUAUUUUGUUGUCUAUAGUCCAACAGGUUUUGGAAAAUAUUAACCGGGGCUGGAUCCAGGGUACGAACAAACUGGACUUGGACUAGUAGUAGUAAACUACCAUUGCAUGCACCCAGACGCUUUCACUUUCGUCUCUUCGCUCACUUUGGAGACCACCUGAUCUCGAAUCUGCGUCAUCUACUUGGGAAUAAACACCGCUCUCGGCAAUUUACACAAGAGGAGAAUUAUUGAGAGUAUUUUUCAGGAUUCUUGGAGGGGUUGAAUCCCGGCGAAAGAUGAUGGAAACUGAACUAGCGGAUUAUUGUAAAGAUGAGCCUAUGCUCUUCUCGGAUGUGUACUCCGACCACGUCUCUGGCAUGACCGUGGAGUUCCCCACCCCCAAGGCCUUCCGUGUCGGCUCGUACAGCGGCAGCGACUGCGAGCGCAAAUUCCAGACCUUCCCGACACCGCCCGACUCGCCGGUGCUCGCCGAGCUCACCCCGCCCAACGCACGGCCCGGAAAACAGCAAGUGGCCCCUGGAGUUACGGGGCACACGCAACAAGCCCGGUACAUGCUAAGCGAAGCUGGGUCGAUUUCUGCCGACGGUUCGGCCGCAUCACAUCCCUCUGAAAUGGACUUCUCACUGCUCAUGGAGGAUAUUCUUCACGGAAACAUGACUGAUCAGUUUAACACGCAGCUCUGUGAUAACCAGUACUCUUCGACGUUAGGGCUCACCGAUGGACUCCAAAAAUCAGAGUUCUUGGACAACCUUACACAGUUCUCGUCGAAUUCCCCGAUCAACCUUUCAUCAACGAUGUUCCCGUCAUCCUUCAAUGAAAGCCUGGACGAUUGUACCAUCCCAAGCCCUGCCCCGUCGCCGACGCCGAUCUCUGUCUGUGAUAUCGAUAUUUUCGCCGGCGACCUGCCCAAUCUCGACGAUCUCACGCUGGUCAGCGAGUUUGCCCAAAUGGAAUCUUUUCAACACCGAUCACAACGUGGCGCUUUCGGCAUGAGCUCGUCAGGCGAAGAUUCAGACAUCGAGAGCGUAUCCGGGUACUCCCCGCCUAUCGAAGACCUACAACAAACCUACAACACCAUGUCUUCUUCCAUCAUGUCCCACCCACCACCACUCUACCACGAACACCACCACAACAUCCAACCGUACCACAACUACCGCCACGCCCACCACCAUCACCAGACGCCGUACCCGCAACAGCACGGCUUCGCCGCCGCCGCGUCUGCCCCGAACGGCCGAACGCACAACUACCAGUGUCGCACGAUGCACACGACGCUUCAGAUGCUCGACUCGCACGCGGACGGCGUGGUGAAACCGGAGAUGUCGCCGCAGCAGGGAAGUUGCGCUGGACCAAUCAGGAAGCCGUUCCGCGUCCGACCGCGUAAACAGUCUGUGACGUCAAGCGACGAUGGCGGCAGCGAUGAAGAGCACGUGGUCACGACUACAACUGUCUCCGGCGGGAACGCAGUAUCAUCGCCCAAUAGAAACAGAGGACGAGGAAGGAGAGAAGCCAUGAAAGGAAACCACUUGUGGGAGUUCAUCCGGGAUAUUCUGAAGAAAGACGAAUACAACCCGAAGUUCAUCCGAUGGGAAGAUCGGGAGGCCGGAGUCUUCCGAUUCGUCAACUCGGAAGCCGUCGCCACCAUGUGGGGAAGGAAGAAGAACAACCCGCAGAUGACCUACGAAAAGCUUAGCCGUGCCAUGAGGUAUUACUACAAGCGCGAAAUUUUAGAGAGAGUCGACGGGAGACGGCUGGUCUACAAAUUCGGUAAAAAUGCGGACGGAUGGAAGGAGGCCGCUGGACUCCAAUGAAAAGAGACACUCCAUUGAAUGACUUCAAAAAGACAUGUCGCCAUCUUGACUUUGAAGUGACCUUUACAGCAAGGGGUGGUGACGUCACAUUCGUGGCCAGAUAGGUCAUCCAAUGAACGGACACUUAUGGACGAUGGCUUGUUGUCAUCGCGCGUAUAUACGAGCUUCCGGCGAGUUGCAAAAAAGAAUAUAUUUAUUUAUUGUGCAGUCAGUGCAAUUGAAUAUGAAAGUCUACUUCUUAUUGGUUAACUGUGGCAAUUCGCGGAGGAUUGGACCAAUCGGCGUUCUCCUUCAAUAAUCCUUGUUGGAAAACAGCUGCUCCCAGUUAUGAACUGUAUUGGCGUUCAAUUUUUGGUCUGUUUAUUUAUACGCCCCGCAAAGGUUAAUCUUCGUGCAUAUUGUUGCACACAACAAGGUCAAGUAUAAUCAAGCUCAAAAUAGGACGAGGAUAUCGGGUUUCAGGAUGUAAAAUCCUGUAAAAUGUUAUCGUCGUAUUCCUAAGUAAAUGACAGAUAUAUAGUGGCGGGGUUGUUAAGCGCUAAAAGUCCAACUUCACAUUGAAGAUAAAAUCUGAUUUAGAUAUCGACGAUUCACGCCCCGUAUCACGUCUUUCAGAUGGUGUCAUCGCCGGCAACCCCGUAUCCAAUCAUCAUACCUUUUAAUACAUUUCUGUAAAAACUCUACACAAAUACUGUAAUUGGAUAAAGGUAUUGUUAAAACAUAUAUGUCAAAGAAUCGAUAAGCUUGCCUCUUCUCUAAAAAAAAAUCCAAUAUAUUAGUUGGAAGGAUAAAUAUAUCCACGAUCUGGGCCUUAUUGUCAUAUGACAGAAACAUUCUAGCCUUUUUUUCAAGAAAUCCCAAGAAUCGCCUUGUGGAUUUAAAGAUCAUGUGCCUUUAUAUUUGGAACGGGCUUUGAACAGAUAAGUGUGUUCAAAUACGUAUCUUCCUGAUUUGAUUAUCUUUUGUAAAGACGCAAUGAUUGUCCACGAAAUUUCAUGAAAGGGGUAUUUGAAACACGAUACAAUGUUGAAUGAAAAUAGAAGUACCAUUGGCAAAAACAGGUAACAGUCUUCCAUUACGUUUUGUUCUUCCAAUUCAAAAUAUUCUAGUGAACGUCAAAUCCAUAAGGAAUUUGAUGAAUAUUGUGAUUAAUGGUACUAUUCAUAUUAUGAUUAAAAGAACAAUUAAUUAGGAAUUCCUCUCUUUAUUUUUAAAGAUAUAUUUACACUGCGAGGUUAUUGUUCCAUCCAUAAUGAUAUAAAUUCUUCACACCUUGAACAUGAUGUUUUGUCUAAAAAGAAAUAUAAAAUAUUAGUCCUACCUUUUACAUCUGCUGUUCUAUGUUAUGAAACAGUGUAUAUUUCAAGACUCAUAAUAAGCAUGAAAGCUAAGCUAGAUUGUCUCACCUUUGUUUUAAUUCAUAAAUCAGAUAUAAACUGACAAAGCAAACAAUGUCAGUACUAGGACACUUGAGUUGAUUUUAUCUUAAUUUGCUUUGCAAUUUGUACUGCUCACAUUUGCAAAAUUCACCUAAAUAUGAAAAUUAAUUAUUAUUUUGACUGUAAUAUAGCCAUAUUAUGAUAAUGUGUCACAAUCUAGUUGUAUGAUUUCAUCACACUCUCACACUUGUUUAGCAUGUUUCGUAAGCAACAGUGAAAGGCAAUGCAAAUUUAUUUCUAUAUUAGAAAGAUCUAAAAGCUCUCUGUACUAUUCAAACAAAUUGUUUUAUUGUAGUACUUUUGUAUAUUGUACUCGGCACUCAUGCAUGCAUUUCAACGCACACCGUAUGUAUAUUGAAAAUAAUUAAAUAUGCCACAAUUCCGUUCUAAUUUAGUGCCUUUUUUCACCAGUACUUUGACUCUUGGCGAUACUGAAGUACUAUAUUUUUUACGAUUUUUUUUAAGAUGAUAACAUUAUAACAGUAAUACAUAAAUCAUGCGUGUAUUAAUUUUAUCGACAGAUUUUUGUGUUUUAUGGAUUAUUUUGAACAUCUUUUAAACAGCGGCCUUCAGAAGGAAACCAUGCACUAUUUGUUUCGGUCCAUUCGUGAACUAUGAGGAUAUAUUGUAAGUCUUGAACAGCAAUGGCAACUCACGAUGUGUGCCUUAUUUGUAUUUUAUUACGAAUUAUACAACUAUUUGUGUACUUGUGAAAACAGUAAAAAAUUUAAUAUCUAGUAUCGGGCCACAAAAAUGUAGUUUAACUUUUUUGUUUAAAUCUUGCAAAUGUACAUUUCAGUUGUAGAUACACGUUGAUAUUGUAUCGUAUUUAAAAAAAGAUGUGCUACUUCGAUCGAGUUGUACAUACUGGUUGCCCCGCGGGCGGGGAUUGCUAUACGCACUAAUGGUUAUUUAAGAGAUUUUUGUGAAAUACUUGUAUUUUGAACAAGUAUAGUUUCAGUACGUUUAUUGUAUGUUCUUCUUCUUCUUCUCUUAGACUAAAAGCUAUUUCUACAUUCUCAUUCCAACUGCAAAUAUUCGUGAAUCAUUAACUUCUAUGUGCAGAGCGUACGCUAUACAUUCUCAUCGUUGAAUACUACGUUAGUUCAUUCCCGAUGUCCAUCUUUCUUCAUCUGUCCUUUAUGAUAUUCUGGGCAUCCAGCCUAGCGUGUUUUGUACAGUCGCCGUUUCAGAAAUAACCGAUCUAUGUAGAUUGAUUUAUGCCAAAACUUUCUUCCGUUUUGUUCUGUGUUAUAUUUGUAUUUAUGAGAUGGAGAGGAGAACACUAUUACGUAAUAAAGAGUCACAUUCUGUAAAUGGAAUAAAAUUAAA